AUGACAAUCGACAAACACCACGUGGCGACCACUCUGAACUAUUGGGAUGACCCCGGUGAUGGCUCCAAGCCCACGCCAAUUUUCAUCGGCAAGGGCAGAAUCAGCAACAAGCGACCUCACAAGGCUCACGACUUUGUCGUCUCCGACGUGAGCGGAGAGGAGGAUCGAUACACGCUCGACGGUCAGGGGUUCCAGUACUGCCAGCACAAGAGUCGCGAGGAACUGUUCACGGAUGAGCAGCAGAUACGGACCACCUACUACCCGGAGUGCGAGCAGCUCGUCAAGGCCAUCACGGGCGCACGACAAGUGCACAUCUUCAACCACAAGGUGCGUCGAGGCCCGACGCAAUGGCACCAUUUGGGUCUGCACAACCUGGCCAACCGCGGGCCAGUCACCAGGACGCACGUCGAUCAGUCGUACGAGGGUGCUGAGCGACGGCUGCGUUGGGAGCUUCCCGAUGAAGCAGACGAUGUGAUCAAGAAGCGGUACCAAAUCAUCAACGUGUGGCGGCCGAUCCGACCCAUCCUCAAGGACCCCAUUGCGGUGGCCGACUCGAGCUCCGUGCCCGACGCGGACCUGGUGGGCGCUGAGAUGACAGAAGACGGCUUUGUGGGCGAGUCGUGGGUCGUCCGCCACAGCCCAGGGCACAGGUGGUACUACAAGCACGGCAUGACGCCCGAGGACGUGCUUCUCAUCAAGUGUUUCGACUCGGACGAGACCGUGGCUCGUCGGGCCCUGCACUCUGCGUUUGAGGACCCCGCAUACAGAGACUGCGAGUCUCGACAGAGCAUCGAGGUGCGAUGUCUGGUGUGCUACUAG